UUUCUGCUUGUUGCUGUUGACGCUAUAACGUGUUUCGUAUUUUCAUGCAAUAUGCAAUAUUUUUAAGCCUCUAGAAACUAUUUAAACAAAAAUAAUAAAGUGAAAUCAUAUCUUGGACAUAAUGCUGUCCAUACAACAUUAUGGUAGCAGCUCAGAAGACGAGGAUGACAAUGAGUCAGAAGGAACCAAAGUGGAGACAAACGACAAGCUAUUAACGCAUUUAAAACCAAUAGACUCUAGUUUAUCCGUUGCUAAAAGCAUGCAGAUAGUUGCUGCACCUGUAGUAAUGCCUACGAAUAAUGAUGAUACCCGUGUUUUAAUACCUACUGGCGGAGAGUUGAUGCACAAUCCUAAGUAUGAAGAAUUAUUUGCUCCCACAUUUGGACCAGAGAAUCCUUUCCAGACACAACAGAUGAAGGCACACAGGAACACCCUUGCAGGUUAUGUAGAGAAGGCACAUAUAAGCGAGUUCCAGUUUGAGAACCAACGGAGAACGUUUACCAGUUAUGGUUACGCCAUGGAUCCAUCUACAGACGGUGAAGCAGAAACAGCCAAUGCUGUUGUUGUGUCUGCAAUGGUGGCGCCCCCUACGGAGGCAGAGGGCAAAACAGUGUUUGAAACAAUUAAGAAGAGACCUCUGGAUAAAAAGAAGAGGAACAAAAAUGACAAUCCUGAAGACAUUACUGGGUUUUUGGGACCUUGGGGAGGAUAUGUAGGAGAGCAAAGAGUGAUGAAGCCAGAAGGUGAUGAAGCAAAGGAGUUGGAAGAAAUUUUAGCAAAAAGACAGAAGAGAGGCAAAGUGGAAGAUGACAAACCUCUGGAAGAGAAGAGCGUAUUCCACAUCGACAAGGCGACAGACUACCAGGGCCGCUCGUGGCUGGUGGCGCCGCGCUCUGAGACGCAACUGCGAAGCGACGCGCCGCCUGACAAAUGCUUCUUACCUAAGGCUCACAUCCACACUUGGAAAGGUCAUACAAAGGGCGUUGCGGCCGCGCGGUGGUACCCUGGCACCGCACAUCUCAUGCUGUCGGCCGGCAUGGACUGCCGAGUUAAGAUUUGGGAGGUGUAUGGUGAGCGGCGCUGCAUAAGGACGUACUUCGGACACCGGCAAGCUGUUCGGGACAUCAACUUCAACAACUCGGGCGAACACUUCCUGUCUGCCGCCUACGACCGAUAUAUAAAGCUAUGGGACACGGAAACGGGCGCGUGCACUGGCCGCUUCACAUCCCGCAAAGUGCCGUACUGUGCCAAGUUCCACCCUGACGAAGACAAGCAGCACUUAUUCGUGGCCGGCACUUCCGACAAGAAGAUCAUAUGUUGGGACACUCGAACUGGUGAAAUCGCCCAGGAAUACGACCGGCAUUUAGGCGCCGUCAACACCAUCACAUUCGUCGACGAUAAUCGACGUUUCGUCACCAUCGACGACAAGAGUUUGCGAGUUUGGGAAUGGGACAUCCCCGUGGACAUGAAGUACAUCGCGGACCCCUCCAUGCACUCGCUGCCCGCCGUCACGCGCGCGCCCAACGGCAAGUGGCUCGCCUGCCAGUCCAUGGACAACAAAGUCGUGGUCUUCAGUGCACUGAAUAGAUUCAAAAUGAAUAGGAAGAAGACUUUUACUGGACAUAUGGUGGCGGGAUAUGCCUGUUCUGUGGAUUUCUCACCCGAUAUGAGUUACCUGGUCUCCGGAGACGCCGACGGCAAGUGCUACAUCUGGGACUGGAAGAGCACGAAACUGUACAAGAAGUGGAAGGCCCACGAUGGCGUCUGCAUCACGGCGCUGUGGCACCCUCACGAGCCCAGCAGGUUGCUGACCGCUGGGUGGGACGGCGUUAUCAAGUAUUGGGAUUAAGAACUUUAAAGUGAGGUGUACAAAUUGUAUUUGAGAGAUUUUGAAUAAUAAUUGCUAGAUAAGAUCA